CACCGCGUCAUGAAUCUCAUUCACAGGUGAUAUCUAUUAGCUUACCUCAUAUCUGCUGUCAGGUGUCGCGUCUUGCGGACCAUCGGACCUGUUUCCUUCCUCCCUGUGUGUGGGAGAGAUCUUAUUAUACUUGAGAGUCGGUGUGUUUGGCUCAGUGCUGCAGUCCGCUGGUGCAGAUGCCAUGUCUGAGCAGUGAGCAUGGCGGAACAUCAUCUGGAGUACGGCUACCUGGAGGGCGAGUCCAUCCUCGGGGAGCAUUACGCAGAGGACCCGGAGCUGGCGGCCAUCAAGGCCAGAGUUCAGGAGCUGGAGAUGGAAGAAGAGACAGAGAGAAUGAGGGAGGAGGAGGAGAGGUGUGAUGCCAUAGACAUGCAGCUCCUGACCAGCAGCCCCCGGCCUGGUGAGACAGCCCGCCCUUUCUACAAUAUGACUCCUGAGGAGAGGAUAGACGCAGACAACCGAUCGGUCUAUGUAGGAAAUGUAGACUAUGGAGCUACCGCAGACGAGCUGGAGAUCCAUUUCAACGGCUGUGGUCCCGUCAACCGGGUGACCAUCCUGUGUGACAGGUUCUCGGGACAUCCCAAGGGCUUUGCUUACAUUGAGUUCUCUGAUCGAGACUCCGUGCAGAGUGCUAUCGGUUUGCAUGAGACCUUGUUCAGAGGGAGAGUCCUUAAGGUAAUGCCCAAGAGGACCAACAUGCCCGGCAUCAGCACCACAGACAGGGGAGGACACCGAGGUGGCCACACCAGAGGCAGAGGCCGAGGUUACCGUCCGCCCCGAUACCCUAACAGCUCUCGAGGUAGGUUCCGGUACCAGUCGACCAGGCCACCACAUCAAACCCCCCACCCUUACUACGGAGGCCCCGCGGUGGGGAAGAGACAGUGGGGACACAUGGACUACCACGAACAGAUGCCUAAACGUUACCCAUGUCUUCUUCUCAUCACCCCACCGUCGGAGGAGUUGGGGCCAGGGUCGAGUGGACAGCACUACCCUCAACAGCGCUAGCACGACCCACAGCGUACAUACUUGAAGUGGACGAAUAGAACUGAUCAUUUUAAAAAAAGUGUUUCCAGGCAUUUCUGAGUUGAGCAUCGUUCGAGAGAUCCAGAACGGACAGAAGAGAUGACUUUCUAAGUUGCAUCAGUGCUUCAAGAGACUGAGGCCAGAGCUGUUGCAUUAUAAGCUUAUGUUGCAGUGAAUGCAUGGGACAAUCCUCAAAUUGUUAUGCAGUUGCAUCUCUUACUGUUUUUACAAACGGAUGCGAAUGUAUUGUGUUGCUGCCUGCAAUGUCAUGUAUAAAUCCUCCCUGUGUAUAACUUAUAAGUUCUUUGCUAUGUAAGUGAAUAAAUAAAACAAUGAUCCGCUGA